AUGUCCUUGUUCGGAACGUCACCGGAUGAGCCCUCUGCGGCCAACUCAGCUCACCGAUCCAAGUCCUCCCUAUUUGCGGACGAAUCAGGCACCGGCUCAGCCUCCCUCUUCGCGGAUGACGACGCGGACGACAGCUCCUCACCUUGGAGGCAGAGUAACACUGCGAGGCGGACUGCGAGGCGCGAUCCCUUACGAACACUUCUACCUGCGACCGAUGUCCCUGAGAGCUAUGUCGACGCAUAUGACUUGAUCCUCAACAGCGGGGAUAAGGUGGGCACCGGCGUGGGCCUUACCUCUGUUCGAGAGAUAUUGUCAACUAGUGGACUUAGCGCAUCAGACCAGGGCAAGAUCUUGAACCUGGUUGUUUCAGGCGACCAAGAUAGCCCAAGUGGUCUUGGCCGCGCUGAAUUCAAUGUCUUACUGGCACUCGUUGGGCUCGCACAGAAAGGUGAAGACCUAUCUUUUGAUACGGUCGAUGAUUAUCGCAAGAACCUUCCUUGGCCUGAGAGUGGCUUCCUGGACCGUUUACGCAACCCUGAAUCAACUAACCACCGACCGACAACCCCUCCGUCCCAGCCUACGUCUUUACAAGAGCCUACCUCGGCACGGUCCCAACGGCCUCGAAGAGAGUCACUGGGUGGUUUGGAGUCGGACCCAUGGGCCAGUCCUGACCUACACAGGAAUCAUACCCAUGAGGUGCCUACCCAGCCCAGUACACUGAACGGCUACGGAAGCAUUCGCUCUACCAACAACGCCUGGUCAGGGAAUGAAGCUGAAGAUACAAGCAGGAUUGAAGUGACACGGGAGGACACGAAUGACCAGACUACUGGCGCAUUGGCUAGUAGCGCUGGAUCAGGAUGGGAUGGCAAUGCCGGUGUGCCAACAGACCUGCCUGGAUUCAAUGAUACGCCUCGCGGAUUUGCUCCGGGAGAUCAUAACCCUCUUGCACCCCCGCCUCCUCAACGGCGGUCAAUAGCAAUCCCCCGUUCGACCAACCCGCAAGUCGAGGAGUUCGUGACGGUUAACUUGCUCAACGAGAAGGAAGGUGUCUUCAUGUUUCAACACCGCAACUAUGAAGUCAAAUCAGCGCGAAGGGGGAGCACCGUCGUCCGCCGAUACAGCGAUUUCGUAUGGCUUCUCGACUGCCUUCAGAAGCGAUUCCCGUUCCGCCAAUUGCCCCUUCUUCCACCCAAGCGGGUAUCAGCCGACUCAUCUUCUUUUCUGGAGAAACGUCGCCGUGGACUAGUCAGGUUUACCAAUGCCCUUGUUCGCCACCCCGUCCUCGGCCAAGAACAGCUUGUAGUCAUGUUUUUGACUGUGCCUACGGAGCUUGCUAUCUGGCGUAAGCAGGCGACUAUCUCAGUCCAGGAUGAAUUUACUGACCGGGCACUCCCUCCCGACCUCGAGGAUUCUUUGCCAGCCACCCUGGAAGAUACCUUUGAUACAGUACGCAGUGGCGUCAAACGUUCAGCUGAGAUUUACAUUAAUUUGUGCGCUCUUCUCGAACGCCUUGCCAAGCGCAACGAAGGCUUGGCGGCGGACCACCUCCGAUUCUCCUUGGCGCUGCAGUCUUUAACCGAGGUAACCAAAGACACGUACUCCAUUGAUACAAAUGAUGUUCCGGCGCUGAAUACUGGAAUCACGGCAACUGCCCGUCAUCUAUCGGCAAGCCAAAGCCUGCUAGAGGACGAGGCCCGAGCAUGGAGCGAAGGUGUACUUGAAGACCUGAAGCGCCAGAGGGACUGCCUCGUCAGUGUGCGUGAGAUGUUUGAUCGCCGAGACCGAUAUGCACGGAACAAUAUCCCGCAGCUGGAGAAGCGGAUCGAAGCCAGUGAACGCAAGUUGCAGGAUCUGCGGACGCGCCCAUCGGGCAGCGCAAAGCCCGGAGAAAUCGAGAAAGUAGAAGACUCGAUUUUCAAGGUUUGUUCGCCCUCUUCUGCUAUGAUCAAUAUCUUAUUUCCCUGUGACCUAACCUCCCCUCUUCUGCAGGAUAAGGAAUCGAUUGUGCAACAACAUGCCCGUGGAGUGUUCAUCAGGGAAUGCAUUCGUGAUGAACUCGUCCACUUCCAGCAAAGCCAGUACCAUAUCAGCCGACUGCAUCAGGAUUGGAGCCAGGAACGUGUGAAAUACUCCGAGCUGCAGGCGGACAACUGGCGGCGACUCAGUGAUGAGGUAGAAGGAAUGCCAACAGGCGAAUGA